CUUCUUGGCACUGACACAGCCAAGUCUCCUGCUCCGACACAGAUGUUCCUCCAGCAGCUCUAAGUAACGCUGCUUGACGGAUACAAUGUCAUACCCAGGGGUUCGUGGUCCACCUCAGCCUUCUAAGAGGACUCGCUACUGAUGAAAUCAAAAGCUUAGAGAAGCAUGAGAUGCAGGGCUUUAUCUAAUAUUUUGUCUCAGCUACAGUGGCUGAUGAAUCGCCACAGCUCAGUAUAGUGCUGCUUUACACCCCUGCAACUUUCUUCAAAGCAAACUCUUGGUAAAAUCUUCCAAUUUCCCUCUGAUUGCAAACUGGUGUGAAGACUGGAAUGAUUUGCCUGUUGGAAGAAUGUUGACUCUCGAGUGGGAGUCCGAGGGACUGCAAACAGUGGGUAUUGUUGUGAUUAUAUUUGCAUCUCUGAAGCUGCUUCAUUUGCUGGGACUGAUUGAUUUUUCAGAAGGUUUCCUCUACGCUCAGAACAGUACCAAACGCAGCAUUAAAGAGCGACUUAUGAAGCUCUUGCCCUGCUCGGCUGCCAAAACGACAUCUCCUGUUACUCAAAACACUGUAGAAGAUGAAAUGGAAAUGGCCACAGUACGACAUAGACCUGAAGCUCUUGAACUGCUGGAAGCACAGAGUAAAUUCACAAAGAAGGAACUUCAGAUCUUAUAUAGAGGUUUCAAGAAUGAAUGCCCCAGUGGUGUUGUCAAUGAAGAAACCUUCAAAGAGAUUUACUCUCAGUUCUUUCCACAGGGAGAUUCCACAACGUAUGCACAUUUUCUGUUUAAUGCAUUUGACACUGAUCACAACGGAUCUGUAAGUUUUGAGGAUUUUGUUAUGGGUCUCUCAAUUUUACUGCGAGGGACAGUACAGGAGAAACUGAACUGGGCUUUCAAUUUGUAUGAUAUAAAUAAGGAUGGAUAUAUAACUAAAGAGGAAAUGCUUGAUAUCAUGAAAGCAAUAUAUGAUAUGAUGGGGAAAUGCACCUAUCCUGUUCUCAAGGAAGAUGCACCUAGACAACAUGUGGAAACAUUUUUCCAGAAAAUGGACAAAAACAAAGAUGGCGUAGUUACCAUAGAUGAAUUCAUCGAGAGCUGCCAGAAAGAUGAAAAUAUAAUGCGAUCCAUGCAGCUCUUUGAAAAUGUGAUUUAAUGAAGACAUUAGGUCUACAACUAAUGGACAAAUAUGAGCUAUUCGGCAACAUUAUCUAAAAGAUGGAUUUCCCACUUUAUCAUAAAUAAAGUUACUCAGCUUUACACUGAGACAUGGAUUAUGCAAGUAAAUUUUUUUAUUAUAAACUCUUCCCAACAAAAAAUUCUUUCGAAAUUAUAAAAUUUAGCUCUUCAACAGUGGCUACUUAGUUAAAAAGAUUGUACUGAAAAACCAUGUUUUUACUCCAAAUUCAAACAAACUGACAGUAUGCAGCUUUAUUAUCAUUCCAAACCCUAGUUAAAACAGAUAAAAUCACAAGGAGAUUAAAAAUAUACUCUUAGUUUUGCUACUCAUUUUUACUGGAUUAAACUCCAGGUAUUCAAGUGUAUUUCUCAAAUCUUAGCUUCUAAUUUAUACAGAGGCAUUACCAUGUAUUUUCUUUUCCCAUUUCUAUGGUGUAGUCCUCAUUUUUGAAUAACACUUAGAGCUAAUGCUAUAAUCAGUGUGCAAUGCACAUCUUGCUGCAAUUGCCUUCCACCUUUGACUUGCUUUUCUCUUCCAAAGAAAAAAACCCCAAAACUAACAAAAUUGAUAACCUAGACGAAGAACUGUUAUAGAACAAAAACCCAAACUGCUUAUAGGUACAUUUAUUCCAUAAAAAAUAUGAGUAAGCUUCUAUCAAUCACACUUACCUAGUAAAUCUAUCACAACAGGAAUACCAGGCAUCCUACAUACUGUAUUUCUAAUUCUUCUUGGAUAUGUCUGCAAAGUUCUUAGAUUAAAAUUAAGGAUCUUCUAACUCCUAAUUUGUCAUGAAGAAAGCUUAACUGGAUCCUAACACUGUCUUCAUAAGUAUGUGUCUUUUUGCCUUUAAUAAAUAAAAAGGCAUGAAAUUCCUUUGAAACUUCCAUUCCACUUCAGUGCUGAGAAUGAAUAUCCCUGUGUAGUAACAUCUAUUAAUAAUGACUGCUAGUCAGGCUAACAUCUAUUUCAGCUUUUUGUAAUAUCUGUAACUAUGAGACAGAAUCAGGAAAAAAUGGAAACUUCAGCUAUAUAUCAUCUAUAUGUGAUAAAUGCUUUACAUUUUUUUAGGAUCAUUUCUUCAUUAAGAUUGGAGCUAUUUAUUCUGAACCUAGAAAGAUUUUUCUAAAAAAGUAUGCACCUAAUAUUUAACAAUGCCCCUCCAUCCAUGUAAUUUUUAAGAUAUAUUGUCCACAGAGUUUAUGACAAUAUUUUAAAAUAGGUGAAAUGCUAUCAAGAUAGGCCAACCUUCAUUGUGACAUUGCUGCAGAAAAUGUGAAUUAAUGAAGUAGAAAGAAUGUUGCAAGCAUUCUUUUGUAAAAAUAAAUCAGGUAUCUAUUCUGGUGUAGAGGUGGGAUGUUAGAGGCAUGUUGAAGGCUGCUCUGCUAUCACCAGUGUAGGAUAAGAGUAGUACAAUACAUGUACACCUGAAAUCUGCUGUAGCGUGUUUGUGUAAACUAAAUGUGCACAUUUUGUAAAAAAAAAA